AUGCAUUUGAGGCUCCAAGACUUCAAAUCAGUAAGUGAUUAUAAUUCUGCACAAUUCAAAAUCAGUUUAAAAUUGAAGUUAUGUGGAGAAAAAAUUACUGAUAGUGAUAUGCUAGAAAAGACAUACUCAACCUUUCAUGUCUUAAAUAUACUCUUGCAACAACAAUAUCGAGAGAAAGGUUUUAAGAAAUAUUCUGAGCUCAUAUCAUGCCUUCUGGUUGCUGAGCAAAAUAAUGAGCUAUUGAUGAAAAAUCGUGAAUCUCGACCAACGGGAGCAACGCCAUUCCUAGAGGCUAAUGCUGUAAAUUUCAAUAAUCGUGGUCGAGGUCGAGGUCGUGGUCGAGGGCGUGACCGUGGUAGAGGAAGAAAUAAUUUUUCAUUUCUUGGUGGGCGUUAUAAUCGUCCAAAUUUUAAAAGAACCACACGAAAUGUUGAUCAUAAAGGAAAAACUCCACAAGAUCAGAAUUCCAGAAGUGUUGAAAAUAAGUGCUUCCGAUGCGGUAUGACUGGGCAUUGGGCACAUAUUUGUCGUACAUUGAAACACUUAGUGGAUCUUUAUCAAGCUUCCUUGAAAGAAAAAGGAAAUAAUGUGGAAGCAAAUCUUGCCUACCACGAUGGUGAUAUCUUUGACGCUGCCAAUAUUACAAGUUUGGAUGUGACUGACUUUCUUGAAUCUCCUGGAGAACAAAUUGGCACAUUGAGCACAAUGGAUGGAAUAGCAAGUGCUUCUUUUGAUUUUGGGAAUAUUCAGAACUAA